CUAUGUCAUCUCAUAUACAUAUCUAUAUAUAUAUACUAGAAGCUCCGAUCAGUUACAGCCUACAAGGGUUUGUGGCGGCUCUCUUGAGAGGAAGAAGAAGAAGAAGAAGAAGACUUCAACAAUGCCUAAGCAAAUCCAUGAGAUAAAGGAUUUCCUUCUCACUGCCAGAAGGAAAGAUGCACGUUCUGUGAAAAUCAAGAGGAGCAAAGAUGUUGUCAAGUUCAAGGUUCGCUGCUCCAAGUACCUCUACACAUUGUGUGUUUUUGACUCAGAGAAGGCCGACAAGUUGAAGCAAUCUCUUCCUCCAGGUUUGAGCGUGCAAGACCUGUGAAUCUACCCGUGGAAGCUUGCUCAGUCGGUUACAAAGAAACGAGAACUAAAUUGUUAUUUUUGUUCCGUUCUGUUCUGUUUUUGUAUUGAGAAACUACACCGAGGAUUAAAUGGCUUGGUAUUUUAUAAUUGUUAGGAUGGUGAUAUGGAUCUUUUUGUUAGUUGAUAUCUGAAUUUUGAAUCUUCCAGUUUUUUAGCUGAAGAAUUUGUUUUGUUUUAUAUGAUUUGCAUCUUCUUUUUCUGGAUUCUGAGAUAACAGAUAGAUUGUUUUAGGUUUAGAGGAUAAUGUAAAGUUUUGUUUGGAAGCA